UGUGCUUCUGUGGUAAGAAGAUUGCCGUGAAAGAAACCUGCUAGGUUCCGUUUUGAUCAAGAUUCUCUAUAAAGUUUAUUUUCUUCCUUCUGUCCGAGGACAACUACCUCAGUCGUUUAACAGAAAAAUAUACAACAGAGUGUGGCAUUUCCGCAUCGUUUGUUGGUUAUUGUUUGAAUAUGAAUACAAAAAUUUUUAACCAAUACUUAGGAAUAAACAGUCGUUAUGAUAACCAUCUAUCAUAAGAAUUUAGAUUUGUCGACUUUAUCAUGUGGAUAGAUCACUAUUUUUCUGAUGGGAUGUUAGCUUAUAGUGUAUUUAUUGCUUCCAAAACAACCUUGGUUUUAUUUGAUCCUUCUGAUGAAAAUAGCUAAAUUCUUUUGUGAUUUUGUCCGUCUGCCAUAGAUUUUGCUGUCAUGGGUAAUAUCUGUGUGAAGAAAAAUGACCAUGAGCAAAAUAUGCUUCAGACAAACACCAGGGAUAAUCCCGAAAUCACAAUUGAAACAACUUUAUCUGGAGAUAGUGGUGUUGAAAGUGGAAAUGGUGGAAUCAGUCAGCUUCAUGAGAGGCAGCGGUAUCCAAAUUGUGCACCUAAUACACCCAUUCCAGCAUUUUCGUCGGAUGGCAUCAGACAGUCAAAUAAUUGCUUAAAAAUUGUAGUUGCUCUAUAUCCAUAUAAUGCAAGAGAUCAAGGAGAUCUAAGCUUCCGUAAAGGGGACCGAUUAGGUAUUCUUGAUGACAGUGACCCAGAUUGGUGGCAUGCAUGCCAUUUGACAAAUCAGCAGAAUGGUUAUGUGCCACGUAACUAUGUGGCACCCGAAAAAACAGUUGAAAGUGAGGAUUGGUUUUUUGGACGAGUGUCCCGUAAAGAGGCAGAGAAAAUGCUUAUGCUUCCAUCAAAUCCCAGAGGGGCAUUUCUAAUACGUAACUGUGAGCAAACCUCAGGUAUUAUAAAAGAAAGCAGAUCUAUUUUGAUUUCAGGAGCAUAUUCUUUGUCCAUUAAAGACUGGGAGCAUCAAAAGGGUGAUCAUGUAAAACACUACAAAAUCAAAGCUAUGGAUAAUGGUGGUUUUUAUGUUACAACUCGUAAAACAUUUGUGACCCUUCAAGAACUUGUUGCGUAUUAUUCAGAGGGUGCAAAUGGCUUGUGCCACAAACUGACCAUACCAUGUCCAAAGCCAAAACCACAUCUGUGGGAUCUUUCUCCUGAUACGCGAGAUGAAUGGGAGAUACCUCGUUCCUCAUUACAGCUUAUACGUAAAUUAGGUAGUGGAAACUUUGGAGAUGUUUGGUAUGGCAAGUGGAAAGGCACAACUGAAGUUGCUGUGAAAACUCUGAAGUCUGGUACUAUGGCCCCAUCAGCCUUUCUUCAGGAAGCUACCAUAAUGAAAAAAUUUCGCCAUGAGAAAUUAGUCUCACUUUUUGCUGUUUGUUCUAAAGAAGAACCUAUUCUUAUUGUUACAGAAUACAUGGUUAAUGGCAGUCUUUUAGAUUACUUAAGAAAUAAAGAAGGAAAGAACUUAAGGUUACAUGCUCUAAUUGAUAUGGCAGCACAGAUUGCGAGUGGUAUGGCUUAUUUGGAACGUGAACAACUAAUCCAUAGAGAUCUAGCUGCUCGAAAUAUAUUAGUUGGGGAUAAUAAUAUAGUAAAAGUAGCUGACUUUGGCUUGGCUAGAAUAAUUGAAGAUUCAGAAUAUACAGCUCGACAAGGUGCUAAGUUCCCAAUCAAAUGGACUGCUCCAGAAGCAGCAUUAUUAGGGAGGUUUUCCAUAAAAUCCGAUGUAUGGUCUUAUGGAAUACUGUUGUAUGAACUUAUUACACAUGGCCAAGUUCCUUACCCAGGUAUGCACAAUCGUGAAGUGAUCGAGCAAGUAGAGCGUGGUUACAGGAUGCCUAAACCAACAAACUGCGAAUGUCCCGAUUCGGUUUAUUCUAAGAUGCUUGAAUGUUGGGACGCUGAUCCUGAAAGAAGACCCACAUUUGAGUUCCUGUUUGGUUUCUUUGAUGAUUAUUUUGUAUCAACAGAGCCUAGUUACCGCAAUGCAGAAGAUUUUUAAGCAUUUUAAACUGUGUGAUCUGUCUCCCCAAUAGAACGGUGUCAAAUUAUCUAUUUAAGAGAAAGACUUUUUUUUUUUACUGUGAAUGUUUUAUAUUGUGAGUUUUCAAGUUAUGUGCUGUUUGUGAAAUGUUUUUGAAUGUAUGAUUUUUUUAGCAUUUAUUAGUGGCUUUGUAAAUAAUAUUUUGUCUUAUAAAAUUAUUUUUUAAGUGCAAAAUUAUGUUAUUUUCUAAAAUUAAAAUGCUUAAGGAAUCCAUAAAUCAAAAAUUAUGCUUCCAACUAUAUUGUGCCAAAGUUCAUGACAAGAAAAGGAUAAGAGUGUAUUCAUAAUAUUAAAAAAUAUAAUGGUUGUAUUUUUAUUUCACAAGAAAGAGUCGAUAAUGUCGUAACUAACUAUUCAUGCUCAGUAAUGAAUUAUUUCAUUACUAUAUAGUAAAUGCUGCAUGUAUAUAUGAGACAGAUAUUGCAUAAAAUAUGCUCUGCUUCAUUCUCUUUUAUUCAGAUUUAUAACAUUGCAUGCAUUUUUAUAGGAAGUUUAUAUAUUUUCUUAUUUUGUUAUUCUGCAUUUUAAAGGAAAAUAUUUUCCAAAUUUCUUAUUUGACUUGCUUUUCUCAGUUCAGUAAUUUGAAUUGCAUCAUGAGGCUCUGUGAAGUUCUAUUCAUUUUUUAUAGCUUUCUAAGGGUAACUUAUACACAUUAAUUUUUCUGUGUAAUAUCUUGCUUCCUUUUUAUAUUAGUACUGUUACUAUAAGUGUUAGGUAUCUGUAUUAAUUUUAUUGAUGUAGUGAGGUGCAAAUGUCGCCUCUGCAUGAAGAAAAGAAAAUUCUUUUUUUACUUGUUAGGAAUUGGAAGUUUACUUAUCACUGAACAACCAGCUGUGUGUAUGUGUGUGCGAGUUGCAACUUUGGAAAGUUAUAGUCAGAAGUUACUUAUCUAUUGCAAAGAUUUAAAUUAAAAUAGUUACAUAUUUAAUUUCUGCAUGGGGAAAAAAAUCAAAACCAGUGAGACUUUUCCCUUAAGAGAAUUUUUAUAUAGACUCAUGCUCAAAGUUGUAAAUAUUUCUUGAACAUAGCAUGGGGUAGAGUUUCAUCAGUGAUUUUAAUACAGGGUUUUUUAUAGUCAUAAAUGAUUGAAUUUUCUUUUUUGUGAUUCUUUUCCAUCUCUGUUUUAAAGUCUUUAAUAUUAUUUAAUUAACUCAAGAGAAGGAGGGAGGGGGAAUGUUAUCUUAAAAAUGAUUUAAAAUGGUGGUUUUCCUUGUAAUAAUUUUUUUUCAGUAUGAUUUGUUUUACUAUACUAUUAGAGAAGAAAUUUGCUUUUUCUUAGUAAUGUGUUACUGUUACGAUUUCUUAGAGUAAGAUAUUUUACUGUUAUUAUAUCUUACUUUUACCUGUUUAAGAAAAGUCAAUUUUUUGAAUGAAUAUAUAGUAAUAACUCCUGAUUACUCAAACUAUUUAUUAUUUUUCUUUGUUAGUGCUUUUUAUUGAUGUAUCUUCAUUUUAUAAACCAUCUCCUAAGAAUGAAUUUUUUUCUAUCAUUUUUAAUGUUAAAAUUUUUCUUCAAUGUUCCUGCUUUCUUUAUUGUGACUACAUUUAUUAGUGAAGUUAAUGUGUAAUUUUAUUUCUGAAUGAAUGUAAAAUUUUACCAGUUAACAAAUUUUCAUUCUUUUCUCGCUCAUGUUUUAUUUCGCUAUGAUUUGAAAAUACAUAUAUGCAGUUGUAUGUGCCUAUGCAUGCACACUUUUUACUUUCCUUUUUUAUAAAAAAAGAAUAAUGUAGAACUUGUAUAAUCUUUAUUAUUAAGUAUAUUAAUAAUGGAAACUGAUGGAAAAUAUUCUCUAAAAAAAGAUAAGCAAUGCAUUUAUAAAAUGAUAGACAAAUUAUAUAGUGGGCAAUCUGAUAUAUGUUUCAGUUUAUUUUAAGACAUGAAAGGGAAAAAAGUUUUUUCUGCCUUCGGGAUUUAAAUGAUAUAAUUUGAAAAUGAAUUUAGAAUGUGUUUGUAUGGUGAAUUAAUGUGAAGUUGUAAAUAAUUUUAUAAGCACAACAAAUUGUUUUUAAUCAUAAUGCUCAAUUAUUAAUCUUUGCUCCUAUUGAAUUUACUUCAAAAAUAAAUUGUUGUGAACAUAUUUUAAGGAAAUGCGUACUUAGACGAAUUUAAAUUCUUAUGAUUAAUCAUAAUUUCAAUCAUUUUCUCACUUUUUUAUACUUUAUUUUUUAAUUAAAAUUAUUCGUAUAUUAUAUUUGAGUUUCAUUAAUUUUAAAUAUUAAUUUGUUGGAAGUAUUUAUUAGAUUUUUAAAAAUAUGUUUAGAAAUUGUUAAAUUAGUGCCAAAAUUAUUUUUGUAGUAUUAAUAUACAGUAGAAAAAUUCUUUCCUAUUGUGUGCAUUAAUAUUUUUUUUUUUUAUCCAUCUCUCUUUAUUUGGUUAUUAUUAUUAUUGUUCAUCACUGUUGUGCUCAAAUAAGUUUUCAUAGGACGAAGUUUAUUCCAUUAUUUAAUGCAUUGUUGCCUAUUAUUAGCAAUAUAACUUUAAAAUAAUAUAUAAGGAAUGUAAAUUUUAAAUUAUCAUGAACUGUUGUAAAAAUUUGCUGUGCAAAAUUUUCUUUAUGGUCUAUAUUUUACAUAAGCACAAUAUUUACAAAUAUUGGUUAGCUGAAUUUCUUUGAAUAUUCUUGAAUACAGCAUUUUUAUGACAAUUUUUUAUAGCGCAUUUAAAAUUUCCUUGGAGUAGUAAAAGCCUGCCUGUAAUUACUGCAUUUAUUGCAUUCAUUAAAAUCAUACCGUUUUUACACUCUUUACAAAUAGGAAUUUGUAAUACACUGCCAAUAUGCAUUUUCUUCUACAUCCUUUCAUAAAGCUGUAGUUUUGUGAGUUUUACAAUUUUCUCGUCCUGAGAUUUUGCUUUUAUGUAAAUUCCUCUCCUCUGGUUAUAGUUUCACAGUUUAGAAUUUGAGCGCCUUGCAUAGAAUAAUAUUUUAGAAAAUGCAUUCAUGUUUUGAUUUUUCUUUCUUAAAAUGGUAAUAGUAUUUUUACCCUGCCAGUGAAUUGUAGAAUGAAGUGCAGCCAUAAUUGAUGCAUAAUGAUAAUCAUCACUUUAAUUUGUUGCUGAGCUUUGGAAUACUAUUUGUAAAUUACAUUUUAUUGUACUUUUGUCCAAUAUUUUAAUAUACAAUAACCAAUUAAAGCAUACAUUCUUUUAUAUACACAUUUUAACUGAAGUUGCAUUGAAUAUAUGAAAAAUUGUUUAAAAAUUCUUUUUUUCGAUGCCAUUAUUUAAUAUUGUGCUUCUUUCAUCACUAUUUUUUAAAAAAUGAAUAUGUAUAAUCCAAUGAGAUGUUGCAAUAUAGAUCAAAGUUCUUUUGUAUAAAAUAUAUUUGUAUUAAAAAAAAAGAAUUUGAUUUUCAAGAUUUUUUAUGGAAAAAAAAUACAAAGAAUUAGAGUGAGCCUUUAUAAAUUGUAUGUGAUAGUUGGUAACUCACAGAGAAAAAUGUGUUAUUUUUCCAUUGUAAUAUAAGACAUGGUUGAAAAGAAAUAAAAUAGAUUUCUGGAUA